CGCAGAGUCAUGAGGAGGCAAUCAGCAAACAAUCUAAGGCUUCUUCGGUUCCAUCACUCUCCUCGCAAUCAGAAGUGAGUUUUCCGCCGGAGAAACCCUAAUUCAUCCUCAUCCGCCAUGGAAAUGAAGAACAUCGCCUGCACUGCCCUCUUCACCGCCGCUGCUGUCACUGCAGUUGUGGCCUCCGAUGAGUCUCACUCUCCCGCUGCCGCUCCUGGGCCGAGCAGCGCCGCCUCCGCCGCUCUUCCCGCCCUUGGAUCGCUUAUCGGUGCCUCGCUUGUUUCCUUCGUCGCCUACGUAUUGAACUGAAGCCCGAGGGAGAUUCUAUAAUUCGAUUUGAUUUUUUAUUUUGUUUUGGAUUUCCGUGGACGAUGUGAUGCUAGUCAAAUUUCAAAAUUAAUAAAGAAUUUGGAUUCAUUAUCAUAUUACAAAUCACCUCUUUUAUUUACAU